CUGGGCAAAACUGGAACAGACGUUAAAGAUGGGCAGCAUCACUACGAGGGAUCUGUGGUCAUUCUAGAUGCAGGCGCUCAGUAUGGAAAAGUUAUCGACCGGCGCAUUCGAGAAUUCUUUGUGCAAUCUGAAAUCUAUCCAUUGGAAACACCAGCAUUUGCAAUAAGGGAACAAGGGUUCCGUGCUAUAAUAAUAUCUGGAGGGCCAAAUUCUGUAUAUGCUGAGGAUGCACCUUGGUUUGAUUCUGCCAUAUUCACAAUUGGAAAGCCAGUGCUUGGAAUCUGCUAUGGCAUGCAGAUGAUGAACAAAGUUUUCGGUGGAACGGUCCAUAAGAAAAAUGUGAGAGAAGAUGGUGUCUUCAAUAUCAGCAUUGAUAAUACAUGUUCUCUGUUCAGGGGACUGCAAAAAGAGGAGGUUGUACUGUUGACACACGGUGACAGCGUAGACAAGGUAGCUGAUGGAUUUAAAGUUGUGGCACGAUCUGGAAACAUAGUUGCAGGCAUUGCUAAUGAGUCCAAAAAACUUUAUGGAGUUCAGUUCCAUCCUGAGGUUGGUCUCACAGAGAAUGGCAAAGUGAUGUUGAAAAACUUCUUAUAUGAUGUUGCGGGAUGUAGUGGGACCUUUACUGUACAAAACCGAGAGAUUGAAUGUAUACGAGAAAUUAAGGAGAAAGUGGGAUCAUCAAAAGUUCUGGUGCUAUUGAGUGGUGGAGUAGAUUCUACUGUCUGCACAGCUCUAUUAAACAAAGCCUUAAACAAAGACCAAGUGAUUGCAGUGCAUAUAGACAAUGGCUUUAUGCGAAAACGAGAGAGCCAGUCUGUGGAAGAGGCUCUGAAGAAACUGGGAAUUCAAGUCAAAGUUGUCAAUGCAGCACAUUCUUUUUAUAAUGGUACAACAACAUUGCCAAUAUCUGAUGAGGACAGAACACCACGUAAAAGAAUCAGCAAAACCCUUAAUAUGACAACGAACCCAGAAGAGAAGAGGAAAAUCAUUGGUGACACCUUUGUGAAGAUUGCCAAUGAGGUUAUAGGUGAAAUGAAUCUUAAUCCUGAGGAGGUCUUUCUUGCACAAGGCACAUUACGACCGGAUCUGAUAGAAAGUGCAUCUCUUAUUGCCAGUGUUAAAGCUGAAGUUAUAAAAACGCAUCACAAUGAUACAGAACUUAUAAGAAAACUGAGGGAAGAGGGUAAAGUAAUAGAACCCUUAAAAGAUUUUCACAAGGAUGAAGUUAGAGUCUUAGGAAGAGAGCUUGGGCUGCCCGAAGAAUUGGUCAGUCGACAUCCCUUCCCAGGUCCAGGAUUAGCAAUUCGAGUAAUAUGUGCCGAAGAGCCUUAUAUCUGUAAAGAUUUCCCCGAGACAAACAAUAUAUUGAAAAUAGUUGCAGAUUAUUCCGCAAGUGUUAAAAAGCCACACACCCUGCUGCAAAGAGUCAAAGCAUGUACAUCAGAAGAGGAACAGGAGAAACUGAUGCACAUCACUAGUCUACAUUCACUGAAUGCCUUCUUAUUGCCUAUUAAAACUGUAGGAGUGCAGGGCGACUGUCGCUCAUACAGCUAUGUAUGUGGAAUUUCAAGUAAGGAUGCUCCACAUUGGGAAUCACUUAUGUACUUAGCCAGGCUAAUACCACGAAUGUGCCACAAUAUCAACAGAGUGGUAUAUGUUUUCGGUCCACCCGUGAAAGAACCCCCCACUGAUGUUACCCCUACCUUUUUAACGACAGGAGUGCUUAGUACGUUACGGCAAGCUGAUUUUGAGGCACAUAAUAUUUUAAGAGAGUCUGGUUAUGCUGGCAAAAUAAGUCAGAUGCCGAUCAUUUUGACACCAUUGCACUUUGAUCGUGAUCCUUUACAAAAACAGCCAUCAUGUCAGAGAUCUGUUGUCAUCCGGACAUUUAUCACAAGUGAUUUUAUGACGGGCAUUGCUGCUACACCAGGCAAUGAAAUCCCGGAAGAGGUUGUAUUGAAAAUGGUGACAGAAAUUAAGAAGAUCCCAGGAAUCUCUCGAGUAAUGUACGAUUUAACUUCUAAGCCACCAGGAACUACUGAGUGGGAGUAA